UACCAACCACCCUUCAACGCUUCCCUCAACCCAAUACAAGAAGGAAUCAGUUGCCUCCCUCUCUCUGCAGAGUUCCUAAGCAUUCCUUCCACCCUACCCUUGCGAAAAGGCAUCAUGGGCGUGAGAGUGGGGCUCUUAUUUCUUGUUGUGUUGGGCAUUAGCUGGGCCUGUGAUGCUAGACAAUUGCAGACCUCUGAUUUGUCUAGUAAGAGCAUUGGGUUCUCUGAUUUUUCAGUUGUGCUGAUGAAUUCCCUACCAAAAGAAGGGGAAGCUCUAGCUUUGGAACCAGAUGACGGGAAUGAAAAUGUAUGCAUCAUGUGCGAGAGGCUUAUUACUGAGGCACUUGAUCUCCUUGCUGAAAACAGGACCCAGAAAUUGAUCAUUGAAAUGCUUCAUGCUACGUGCUCUGAAGUUCAGUCUUUUAAGCAGCAGUGCAUCACUUUGGUGGACUAUUAUGCUGCUCUCAUCUUCUCCGAGCUUGCCUUGAUUACACCUGGUAAUUUCUGUGAAAAGGCCAAUCUCUGUGGAUCGACAUUCACUGCUGGACAACUCUAUCAAGACAGCUGUGUGUUUUGCCGUCAUGCUGUUGAUGAAGUUCUAAUUAAGUUGAGAGAUCCUGACACACAGUUGGAGAUACUUGAGUUGCUUCUGAAAGGUUGUGAUGCUGUGGAGGGCUUGGUGAGAAAGUGCAAGAGAAUGGUGUUUGAGUAUGGGCCAAUAAUCCUCAACAAUACGGAGAGGUUUUUAGAAAAAAAUGAUGUAUGCACCACGGUGCAUGCCUGUGGUGUGCCCCCAGCUGCUAGCGUCGAAGAAGCAGCAGCUAAAGUGUCGGACUCUUGAAUAUGAUAGCAAAUUGUGCUGUGUAAUACAGUAGUAUAUAUUAUUUGGCUUCGAAGUAUUGGGGUGUGAUGUAAGAUUACCUAUUACAGUUUGUGCUUCCCUGCAAAGUAUUUGUUUCAAAUUACUUCAAUCUUAAAGUAUUCAUGAACUACCUUCACCAAUUAUCUCACUCUGUAUUUGGCACUUCAUAGGGCUACUAAAAAUAAAAAUCCCCUUGGCAAAUUUCGGGGAAGAAUCUUGUAUA